UCCCAAUUUCCAGAGGGUCAUCUUACGUAAUUUUCUUCAGAUCCUUGACUCGUUCUGCCGUCUCGCUUUUCUCUUUCUCGGCGUCCUGAAUCAGAUGUUCGUAUCCUCGGAUCACCGAAACGAUAAAAUUGGCACCAAAAGCUGUGUUCCUAAAAAACUAUAAUUCUUUUGGGUCCAUUUCCUCAUCCCAAUCACUGUAAUUCCGAUCCGGAUUCCUACCGAUCCCUCAAUCAGGUCUCUUAAUUUAAUCUUUCUUAUUCCGAUUCACUCUUUCCUCUGCGAAUUUAUUCCAAUUUUACGCCUCCGUGUUUCUUGAUUUCAAUUCAAGGGUUAGGGUUUCUGAAAAAUUGUGGGAAACUUUUCGAUUUCGUUAACCUGUAAAUCUUAGUGCGUCUAUGGCUUUACGAUGAUCCAAAUUCAUCUGGGUUGUUCGUAAUUCCCCGGAUUCUUUUGAAAACUUGAGCAAUUUUUUGGAUUUCCUCGAAGUUUUCAUUUUUUAUAUUAUUUGUAUCAAUCUAUUUGGAUACACGCUGUAUUAUAUAUCUUAAUUUCUUAUCAACCUGUGUUUCAUCCUUUGAGACUAAUCUAGAAUUUUGAGGAUUUGGGGGUUCUAUAAACUGGGUUUUGAUUGGUCUUUUUUUAUUUGCUCACCUCCCCGUCCGUAGUUAUUUUUCUUUUUCAGUAAUUUUCCAGGUUACACCAGAGCUUGCAGCUGAGGGAAAAAAUGAUGCACAAGCGGCCUUUUGUUGACGAGGAUUCUUAUGAUAUUGCUUCUAAGCAACCUAGAUUGCAGGAACAUGCUAGUCAAGUUGCUCAUACUUUCGACACCGACACAGUCUCUUCUAUCAAUGCUCCUGAGAAGCCCCAAACAGAUGGUGAAGGUGGGGCCAAGUUUACUAAAUUUCAAGACGAAGGCAGGCUUGUAAAUGACUCAGCCACUGAGGUCUCAAAUGAGACCAAGGUACUAGAAGCUGGUGUUUCUGGCAGCAUUUCCAAUUUUUUGUGGUUUAACGAAAGAAUUAUUGGAGCUGAUGUUAGAUCAGAGGCAGCAGCUCAUUUAUCAUUUUUUCCUGAAUUUUUUCAACCUGGACACCAGCUAAAAGCUUUAUAUCACUCUGAUGAGUUCUAUUCAUCCCUUUUCAAUUGUCCUCCUACAAAGCCUGUUUCUGUUGGACCAGAGCAUCAAGCUUUUGUUCCAGAAUGGGGUGUACAGCCUCUGAAUAACUCUUCAGAUCUGAAUCAGUCAGAUGGAGGCCUUUUCAUUGAUGAUAUUAAUGAGAUGCUGAUGGGUAAAUGUGUUAUUCCAAUGCCUAAUCUUGAAGCAUCUACAAACUCUUGCCAUGAAAGUGGCCAAACCAGACAUGACUGUAGGUGCCUUGAUGAGGGUUCUGUAAGGUGCGUGAGACAACAUGUAAUGGAAGUGAGAGAGGAGCUAAGGGAAAAUCUUGGCCGUGAGAUAUUUGAGGAGUUGGGGUUUGGUGAGAUGGGAGAGGAGGUUGCGAAGAAAUGGACUUUAGAGGAAGAACGGGCCUUCCAUGAGGUUGUCCUUUCUAACCCUGCUUCAUUGGAUAAAAACUUUUGGGACCAUCUCUUGGCAGUUUUCCCUUCUCGAACAAAGAAGGAUCUUGUUUGCUAUUAUUUCAAUGUCUUUAUGCUUCAGAAACGUGCUGAGCAGAAUAGAUUUGAUCCGCUAAACGUUGAUAGUGACAAUGAUGAAUGGCUGAAGAGUGAACUCGAACCACUAGAGGAAGAUGAAGACUCUGUGGUGGAGUCUCCUUUUGAUCAAGCUGCUGCUGUAUAUUAUCAGGAAGAUCAAGUUGAUUUCCUUGAAGACAUUGAGGUUGGGGAAGAGGUGAAUGAUUCAAUGGUUGGGGAAGAGGUGAAUGAUUGUGAAGAUGGUGCUGACAUUGUAAGUUGCAGGGUUGGAUCCAACGAAGAGGAUGAAGGAGAUAUAGAUGAUAUUUCAGGGACACAUGUUAGUAAUUCCGUUGGUGACUGUCGUCGCAAUGUUGAUUUAGAGCUUUGUGGUAAAAUUUCCACCAGUAAUGGUGAGGAUGAUAUUCAAGAUGACUCCUGCACAUCAUUCGAGUGUCAGGAGGACAGGGUCGAUACUUGUGGUCCACCUGAUGCAAGGAUUGAUGCUAGAGAGUCCAGUGAAGAAUGAACACUUGAAGAUGCAUCUUAGAAAAUAGUUGAGUGGUUGAUCACAUUCCAUCAUACAUUUAUGAGCCUUGCAAUAAUGAAUGGUAGGUGGGCAAGAGUUGAUUUUAUUACCCAUAUGCAGUUUGGAUGAAGAUGUUUCGUUUGAGGAAUCUUGCAUAAUGGCAGGUGCCAAGUAUCAAAUGCAGCCGAUCGUUUCCUCUGGUUCUCUUAUCCCCAUCAGAAGACAGCUAUCAAAUACAACUGACCGUUUCCUCUGGUUCUCUCAGUACCAUAUUAGUCAUCUUGGGCAUCACUCGUUCCAUUCUUUUCAAGGGUCGGAUGGAAUUUUACAAAAUUUCAAAUAGAUGGCUAAUUCAGUUUUCCUUGUAAGAUCAUAUGCGCGUUGGAAGAGGUAGAACCAUUUAGUAUAUUCUCAGGAAAUCAUUGAUCUCCGUGAGUGUCAAAUAAAUACUAAGAAAUUUUGCGUUGAAGUUAGCAUCUUGCAGAACACUCAUCUGCAAAAACUAAAUCUUGUUUAUCUUUAUCGGGACUAACUUGAGAAUGGCAUGUGACUCAUUUCUGAAUGCCAAAGGGCUUCAGUGAA